CACACUUCAGCAACCUCAGUCCCUGCCAGAACCUCGGGCAGACCCCAGGGACGCGUGCGAGCUCCAGUCCCGGCCUUUCGAUAGUGAGAGAGCGUGGCCAGCAAGGACAGAACUCACCUCCACGACCAGAGUGCCCCUGUUCAGGCGUGCGGGACAUGAAGUCGGACGAGGAAGGCGAGCUGAGCCCUGCCGGCCCCUUCCCCAGCUGCAGGACCCUGAUCUUCGUCUGCGUGCUGCCCACCCAGUGCCCGGCCAACGGGCAGCCCGAGGUGAUCGAGCUGGAAUUGCCGGCUCUCGGCACCGUGCGUUCCCUCCGCCUGUUGGUCUGGGCGAAAGCGGCGAGCGAGAGCGCCAGACCCGGCUCCUACCAGCCCUACGGCCCCGAUUCCUUCCAGCUGCUGUACAGGAAGGGUCCCGCCUGGUAUGAGAUAUUGGACGACGAGCAGAUCCUGCUGUCGCUCGGCGCGGUCAGGUACUGGCAGGGCCAGGGACACCAGAGGGGCCAAAUCUACCUGAGGCCUCACUCCGGGGACACUGAGGCGGGCCGGCUCCUCUGGGACACCAUGGCCAGCCUGAUAGGUCGCGAUGUCAGAGCUCUGGUGAACGGGCAGCGGCAGGGCGAGCUAAACACAGCCCGCAGGAGGUUCGCCGCAGUCCGGCGGGCGCAGCUCGGCCGCCGCCACCCCGCCGAGCCCCCCCUGGACUCCAGCCCCCUUCCUGUGGCCCUGCAGGCGGCAGCCAGCCAGGAGAUCGGGGUGACCAUCUACCGGGGCGGCGGCAGCCGGAGGCUGAAGGUGAGCGGCUGCCUCACGCCCGAGCUGGUCAUCCGCGCCUACAGCCGGCAGACCGGAGAGGAGCUCGGCGAGGAGCUGGCGCUCAAGGUGUGUGGCCGGGAAGAGUACCUGAUCGGCAGUUGGCCCCUGGUGGACUUCCGCUGCGUCCGGCGCUGCCUGAAGACACGGGAGGAGCUGCGCCUGGCGCUGGUGAGCGCCCCAGCCCCGGAGCCGGACGAGGAGCAAGAGGUCGCCCGGGACUGGCCACUGGUUGAGGAGGAGUCGGGGCCGAGCCUGAGCCUGUGCGAGGCCGAGGAGGAGGAGGAGGGGGCGGCCGCUCUCCCCCUCUGUGACUGCCGCCAUCCUUUCCGAGUCAAACUACUGGGGUUGGACGCUCCCGGGGCCCCCGGCAAGAGACCGGUGCGGGUGUACGUGGUGGGAGCCGUUAUGCACGGCAGCCUCACCCUCUGCAGCGCCCGCUCCGCCGCCCUGCCACUGGCCGAAGAGGUGCUCUGGAACGCCUGGCUCCGCUUCGACAUCCAGGUGCGGGACCUGCCGCGGGGCUCCCGGCUCGGCCUGCGGGUUUACGCGCUGGAGAGCUCCCCGCCGUCCGACGCCGCCGAUGGGAACGGAGAGACCGGGCUCCUGCUGUACCACGCCAGCUUCCUGCUUAUCGACCACCACCGGCGCCUGCAGCAGGGCGAGAGGGUGCUGCACCUGUGGUCCGGCUCUGGACACGGCGCGGGGCUUCUCUCUUCCGCCACCAACCCCGAUCUGCAGGGGUCCGCCGCCCUCUGUCUCCUUCUCGACACCUACGACCGCUCGGUGGUGCUGCCCGGCGAGGAGGAGGGGGAAAUGGAGGAAGCGGCGGCCCGGCAGAGGGACGCCUUCCGCCGCUUCACCCAGGAAUGCGGCCGCUACAGCCGCUCGCUGCCCGCCUUCCUGUCCACGGUGCGCUGGGCCGAGCAGCGGGCGGUGCGGGAUUUGCACCGGUUGAUCGGGCACUGGGACCCCGCAGAGCUGGAGCUGCCGGUCGCGCUGGAGCUGCUGGGCGAGCGCGUCGCAGAUGAGAGGGUGCGUGCGCUGGCGGUGCGGCGCCUGGAGCUGCUGGACGGCGGCCCGGUACUCAGGUUCCUGCUGCAGCUGGUGCAGGCCCUGAAAUUCGAGCCGUACCACGACAGCAGUCUAGCCAGGUUCCUUAUCGGCUGGGCUCUGAAGAGCAAGAGAAUCGGCCACUUCUUCUUCUGGUACUGCCGCGGCGAGGUGGCGGCCUCGCCGCACUUCUCGGACCGCUACGCGGUGAUCCUCGAAGCGUAUCUGCUGGGCUGCAGCGUCCCGAUGCUCCGGGACUUCGAGCACCAGGUCCAGCUGGUGACGGCCCUCAGCCACGUGGCCGGCCAGAUCAAGGCGGCCAUCGCCCAGAGGAGUGACAUUCCGCAAACCGCUGCCCCUCUGCUACAGGAGCUGCUGAGAACGGCCGAGCUACCCCAGGACUUUGUGACGCCCUACGACCCACACAUCAGAGCCGGUCACAUCCUGGUCGACCGCUGUAGGGUUUUGGCGUCCAAGCAGAAGCCGCUGUGGUUGGAGUUCAGCCGAGCCGAUCCCGAGGACCCAGCACAGCCACCCGUCGUCAUCAUCUUCAAACACGGUGACGACCUGCGGCAGGACAUGCUUAUCCUCCAGACGCUGGUGAUAAUGGAUUCCAUCUGGCAGGAGAACGCACUGGAUUUGAAUCUCAUUCCCUACGGCUGCAUCGCCACAGGACACAACAUGGGAAUGAUCGAGGCAGUGGGAGACGCAGCCACCAUUGCAGCCGUGCAGCGGAUGAAGGGUGGCAACAGCGGUGCAUUCAAGAAUGAUGCACUGCACGACUGGCUGAGGGACAAGCUGCCGGUGGAGGAAGAUUACCACCGCGCCAUGGAGACCUUCGUCACCUCCUGCGCCGGCUACUGUGUCGCUACCUACGUCCUGGGCAUCGGUGACCGACACAACGACAACGUCAUGAUCACGGGGAAAGGGAACUUAUUCCACGUUGACUUUGGUCACAUCCUGGGCAACAGGAAGCGGAUUCUGGGGGUAAACCGGGAGCGGGUACCCUUCGUCCUGACGCCAGACUUCCUCUACGUGAUGGGACGGGUGAACAGGAGACCAAGCCUGUACUUCCAGAGGUUCAAGGAAACCUGUCUCCAGGCCUACCUGAGUCUGCGGGCCCACUCCCAGCUCCUGAUCAACCUCUUCUCUCUGAUGCUGCUGACGGGGAUUCCAGAGCUGAGCUGCACACGGGACAUCGCCUACCUGCGGGAAGCGCUGGCGGUGGGGAGCGGGGAGCAGGAGGCACGGCAACACUUUCUCAACCAGAUCAGUGUCUGUGAGAACCUGGGCUGGACGGUGCAGGCCAACUGGUGGAUCCACAUGUUCAUGGGGAUCAAACAGGCGUGAGGAACGGGCGACACAUCACGGGACAGGUCACAGGUCACGGCACAGGCCACACAUCAGCGUCUCCUUCCCUGGGAGGCUGCAACAGGCAAGGCCAUGGCACGAGGCCCUGGUCUGCACAGAAACCAAGGCUACACACCUCCCCAGCUGUCAGUCUCACUGAUGAGCCAGACUUGCAGGAUCCUAUAUUACCAAUGACCAGCAGGGUCCUGCAAUCACAUUGUUACAUCAGCAGAUCAGGCCCCGCGGUGGUGGAGUGCUUAGCACGACAGUAUUACAGCGCGGGGUGCGGAGUUCGGAGUUCAAAUCAGGCAUCCUCUGUACGUCCUCCCCAUGGAAUGCGUCGAGUGUUCUCCGGGUGCUCCAGUUCCUUCCAAAGACACAGGUUAAUUGGUUAUUGUAAAUUGUCCCAAGAUUAGGGUCGGGUUAAUCGGAUUUGUCAGGAGUUACCUGGGCGGCAUGGCUCAAAGGGCUGGAAAGCCUGACCCUGCACUGUAACCCAAUCGAUACGUAACCCCUGGGGCAGGUUUCGCUGCUAACGUAACGGUCUUUCUGCAGCAGCAGUGUUUGGGUUAGGGUCAGAGAUAAUGGGGGCUUUGGAAUGUGAGCCGUCCAUUGAGGGAAGUGUGUUUUCUUGUGUGGCUGACACCAAGGUGAUCUGGGUCUUUUGUUCGGAGAGAGAAGAUGCCAGAAAGGAGGGGACUUAGAGUGGGGCUGGAAGUCGAUGAAGCCCGGGGAAAUCGAUGGAGAAUCAAUGGACAGGAAACCAUGAUGUGUGCACGUUAGACUGUUUCAUUAAAAUGGGCCUUUUUCUGU